AGGUACCUCUGCGCCAAAGAAGUCUGCAGUUUCUCUCCAUGAAGAUUUCCUCACAAAAUUGGACACAGCAAUGAAUAUUGCAAGGUGACCUCAUCAUAAUAUCCAACAGCUUUUCAACUCUGGCACUACUUAAACAUCUCAGCUUGCUAUGUGAAUCUGUUCUCUGCUCAGACAUUUAAAAAUCAGUGUUGUGAUUCAUGCUUCACGUGAACUCCAUUGAACAAAACACUAGUUGUUUCAGUGUUGCUAAUUAUAUUUAGAACAACUUGGAUCUCCAAAGUGGAUCAAGAAACUUGCCAUAUUUUCUUUUUGCAGUAUGUCCUAAUAAUUUUGUCUUUCAAUGAUCAGAGACUGUCAACCACUUUGUAAAGUAAUAAAGAGACGCAACUUUGAUCACUGUUGUAACUUCAUAAUAUAUUCAAGAUCAUGAGAAGACCAAAUAAACAUCGACAGCUCCAAUUUUUUAGUCUCUUCAGCAGGAAACCUAAAUCAAAAUCAAAGCUGGAGAUGUCCACAGUUGCAGUUGAGGGAACACGUGCAAAAACUGAAAAUCAGGAUGAAAAGAAAAUGUCCUCCACUAACAGGACAACACAUUCAUCCAGUAAUGAACAGUUGUUGGGUACUUUAGAGUGCCCACUCUGCCUUCUUAGCCAACCUCGAUCCCGGUUCCCAGAGAUCACUUCUUGUCACCAUCGUUCUUGCCUGGAUUGCUUACAGCAAUAUUUGAAGAUUGAAAUUACAGAGAGUCGGGUCAAUGUUGCCUGUCCAGAAUGUUCAGAGUUAUUUCAUCCAUCAGACAUUCGUAUGAUUCUCAACAAUGGCACUUUGAUGGAAAAGUACGAGGAGUUCAUGCUGCGAAGGUACCUUGCAUCUGACCCAGAUGCUCGAUGGUGCCCUGCACCUGACUGUAGUUAUGGAGUAAUCGCCAGUGGCUGUGCAACUUGCCCAAAGCUGACAUGCGAGCGGUCAGGGUGUGCGACUGAAUUCUGUUACCACUGCAAACAACUUUGGCAUCCAGACCAAACUUGCAGUGAGGCUCGUAAGCAGAGGGAUGUAUUUGUGGCUGGAAUAGAAAAACACUCUACCUCUCUUAUUCACAGUGAAGAAUCAGAUAAUGCUGAAGAGAUCAAGCCAUGUCCACGCUGUGGUGCUUUUAUCCUGAAGAUGAAUGAUGGAAGCUGCAAUAGGAUGACAUGUGCUGUGUGUGGUUGCCAGUUCUGCUGGCUGUGUAUGAAGGAGAUUACAGAUCUGCACUACCUCAGUCCCUCUGGCUGCACUUUUUGGGGUAAGAAACCCUGGAGCCGGAAAAAGAAGAUUCUCUGGCAAGUGGGCAUGUUGGUUGGUGCUCCAAUUGGAAUUACCUUGAUUGCGGGCAUUGCUGUUCCAGUUAUGAUGGUUGGGCUUCCCAUCUACGUAGGCCGAAAGAUUUACAACCGUUGUGAAAGUAACAAAAUAUCAAAACACAGACGGAGACUUGCUGUGGCUGGAGGAGUGGUUCUAUCGAUUAUUGUCUCUCCUGUGUUAGCUGCAGUGACAGUCGGUAUUGGGGUGCCUGUAAUGCUUGCCUACGUUUAUGGUGUUGUUCCAGUGUCGCUGUGUCGCAGCGAUUGGUGUGGAGUUACAACUGGAAACGGAAAAGGAGUGAAGAUUGAAAUAGAUGAAGAUGCUGCUUCUGUUAAUGAGCCACGACCUCGACUACAUAACCACAGCAUCAGCGGAAGCAGUGUGCAAGAGGUGACCAGUGGCCUGAGUGCAAGUGGAAGCAAUCUAGACAGAGCUGGUGUGAAAUUAGAAAAUGAUCAAUCAGCAAGCAAUGUAGCGUUGGCAGGAAGCAUGCUGAGUGCAGAACAGGAUUCUUCAAACAGGGAAGGAAAGAACAUAGAAGUCCACGUGGAUAUUGAGACAGAACCUGGUGGUGCUAAAGACCGCAGUAGCAGUAGCUACUUGUCAGUUCACAGUUUGUCUAUGGAGUCACCAAACUGCUCAAGAGAACUAUUGUGUGGCACUAGUCCAAAUACUGAACGGAUUUCCAUUCAGACCUGUGUGUGAAAAGAGUUUCAAACUUUUUUUUUAAAAUGCAGUAGUUUCUAACCCCCAUAAAUCAAAGAUUAAAUUAAACAACUAUGCAGAAUGCGACAUUUCUGAGUUUUACAGCUAUAAACGCUGAUAACAUCUCAACCCAUCUAAUUACAAGACUGCUGUCAUCUGCCUGCAUAAAUUUUAACCUUCCUUAUUUUAAAAGUUUUACUUUUCCUUUAAUUAAAAUAAAUUCUUGACUUUUAAUACUGUUUAUCUGAUUUUUGCCUGAAAGUUUACAGACUUUCCAACCCACAGGAUUCCCAGAUAUUUUGAAGCUUUUGUCCUGCCUGUUGCACUUUGAUGUUUACACCACUUUCAGCUGCAUUAGAGGUGUCAUAGAAUGUGAUUUCUACUGUUUACCACCAUCUCCGCUCUGUUAAAAUGUUGAUUAUUCAUCUAACCCAAGUACAAUUAAGAACUUAAUGUAUAAAAAGGAUUGAUUGUGUCACCUUCUGAUUGUGGCUCAGUGAAAAUCCACCAGAAGACACUUUAACUCAUGAGCUCAAUUUCAAACCAUGACAACAGCAUGCUGGCUUUUCAAUUCUGAUACUGUGACGUGAAAUUUGUCUUCUGCGUGCAAUGAGAUAGAGACUAAACACAAACAUGCAGUUUCACUACUGUCUGACUCUGGAAUUGUAUGACCAGUGUAAUUUAUUUUUGCCUAUUUUAAUGGCGAACUUGCUGGAAAGUAUUGCUAUUACAUAACCAGGAGUAUCUGGGAAAUACAGAUUCGAAGUUGGCACAGCCUUUCCAUAAUGUGUCAGAUUCGAUUUCUCUGUAGGUCCGGAGACCACAAAGUGCCAGGAAUGUUUGUUUUGGUAUCUGGAGUUCUUAGAGAAACUGAACAGCAUCAACUUUAAAAAGACCUAAGUCAUUACAAAAAUGUAUGCUGAAUAAAUUGAAAGCUUCAAAAUGCUCUGCAGAAAACAUUAACCUGUAAGAGUUUGGUACAGCAUGUUUAGUAUCUCAAAUGUGCAUAAUAACAGCAAAUAAGUUACUGGGUGUUGUUGAAUUAAAUGUAUCAGCUUUAGCCUUAUGUCAGCUCAGAAAUGUUAUUUAUGUGGUUAACUCUGAUUCUGGUCCCCUGAUGAGCAUUGUAUGAUAAUUGGCACAUUACAAUCUCUGUAUUCUAAAUUGUAAAACUUUUUGCUGCAGAACAUGUUGAGCAUGUCUCAUUAAAAUCAAUGACCCGCUGCCAUAUUGGAUUGUGCACUACAGAUUGGCUAGUUCCAUCUGCAAGAAAUUGUUUCAAUAACUUUAAAGGAGCAUUCCUUCAUAAAAAGGGUACUGUGUUCACAUUGCUAGUAUCACACAAAGAAAGCAGUUCUAUACAAUUUCCAUAGCACUGCUUAUUCCAAAAACUAUCAUUCUAAAAACAUGAAUAAUGAAUUACAGUGCUCCGCACACAACGUACGUUGUUUCGUGCACUAACAGCUGAAAACUGCUAGUUUAGUCUGUGAAGAUUAUCUUUGGACCAUUGUGUUACUUCCAAGUUGCAAAGGUGGAUCGUAAAUCCUGAAAAAUGUGUACAUUUUAAUUGAGGAUAUCUUGCAUUAAAUGUAAUUUAAUACAAUUGUUUGAUCAGCAUUUAUAAGUCACUAAGUGAAUAUUUUGCAAUAUUUUAAAUGUUUUGCAAGUUGUUUGUCAAGGAAUGCUCCACAUAAAAUAUAUGGUUUGCUUAAACUUAAUUCAUGCCUAUUAAACAGAAACCAAAUUUUAAUAACAUAUAUAGUCACUAUUCAUUAUAAGUUCUGCUUCAUGUGGUAGUAGCAUAACCAAUAAGAUCGUAAGAUAUAACAGCAAGUAGGCCAUUCAGCCAAUUGACUCAGUCCUUCCAUUCGCUGAGAUCAAGUCUCAUGUGAUAAUCUGAUAAUCCUCAACUUCCCAAUGGUCUUUGCAUAUGUGCACAUGUCAAUAUGGCAGCUGAGACAGUAAAAUCACUUACCAUUAGACCUGGUAUAAUAAUUGUAAACUGUUCCUUAACAUAUGUUAUGAUUAUAUAAAACUAUAUAAAUUCUCUCGUUUACACACUUCUGAGAGUGGUGGAUACAGUCACAAAGGGAUUGUGCAGUUACUUCUAUUACAGGACACAUUAUGAUACAUAUAAAGUUUGAAAUGGAAAUGCCUUUAAUAUAAACAAGCUUGAGUGAGAAAAAUUUUCAGUGCACACUUUUUGCACCUCAAAAAAAAAUUGACUUUGUUCUGCUGAGGGCUACAAAAGUAGUAUUUUAGUGCUCCGUAGUCUUUAAUUGAUGAAUCUGCAAUGAAUUCUCUAUUUUCCCUAAAUUUUCUUUUUGUAUCUAAGAGAAUAAUUCAUGCUAAAUAUCCAGAAGAAUGAAUUCAGAAGAAAACUUGUUCAGUAUUCUAUGUGAUGCCUCCAUUUAGAAACGUGUAUAACUGUGCUAAUAAUUAAUGGAUUCUCAGCUCUUAACGAGUUGUUUUAAAAUCCAUUUCUGAAGGAUCAAUCAUCUAUUAUUGUUGAACUGUGCAAGAUUAGAAGUGUGCUCAGUUUCUGUCUUGGUUCAACAAGCCUUCAACUUGUUCCGACAUAUUGUUCCAGAAGUUUAAGUUGAACUGGAGAAAUUUGGUUGAAAAUCUAAACAAACUUAUUUCUGAUCUGAGGAUGUUUGAUUUUACUAGAUAUUGUUUAAAGAAAAAUGUACCUCCUGAGUUAGUCCUUCUGCUGAAAUCAUGUGCGCAACCAAACAAAUAUCAUUUAUUUACAGUAAAUUGAUGCUUCACACUCCAGUUUGUUAAAUUUCUCUUUCCUUGUCGAGAACAUAAAUUAAAUCUAUUUAAUAAGAUAAUGUCUAAGUGUGGAUAUUAACUUGUUGAUUCUAAUUUUAAAAUAUUUUAUCUGAUUUUUAAUUAUUUUAGUUGUCAUCAACAAAUAAGUUUUUUUAAAUUGGGAAACACAAUUUCCAUUCACUUCAAACUGGUCUUUUUCAAGCUUGAUAAUACAUUUUUACGUUUAGAAUUCCACUUCAGGUUUUAACUUGAGGGCUGCUUUCACACACUCCAUAUUCCCUUUGAGAACAGACAUGAUAGUUGAAUGCCCAUUGUUAAAGAUUUUUUUUUGUUACUUUUUAAUCAUUAAUAAAUACCUUGGUUUAAACAUUAUUACCUGUUUUUCUUAAAUUCACCAGAUGUGUCAACUCCUCUAACUUGAAAAAUUUCAGUUUUUGAGACUUUUGAAAGAUUUAACUCUUUGAUCCUUGUUUUCCCAGCAUGGAAACAGGAGAGACACCUUGUUCCACCAUUCAGUCAAAUCCUAGCUGCUCUGUACCUCAAAUCUAUGAACUAUAUAAUAUCCUUGGAUACCCUUGACUAAUAGAAGUCUGUCAAUCUGAGUCUUAAAUUUCAAUUUACUCUGCAUUUAGUGACUUACAGGGAAGAAGCUCCAGAUUUUCACUAUCCUUUGUAUGGAAAGGUGCUUUCGUAUUUCAUUUCUGAAUUGUUAGCUCUAUUGUAAGAUUCUGCCUCCUUGUUCUGAAUGCCAUCCUACUCAAUCUAAUUCCUUUGUCAUUUUAAAUAUCCAAAGUAGAUUAACCUUUGUCCUUCUAAAAUCAAUGGAACUCACCUUUGGUCUAUAGAAUUUUCUCAACUUGCACCAAAAAUGAAAACUAUUUUAACUGAAGUAAAGACUGGAUUAUUUUAUAAUAAAAUUGAGUGCAGGAUGAGGUGGGGUGGGGCGCAUAUGUGGGAAGUCUUGGCAAUUUUCUGAAUGAAUAAAUUAAAGUAGGCUGAAUGAUCUACCCUGUCUUUAAUUAUCUUCUGGAAUGAUCAGAGCAAAAGUAUGAACACAUUUAAAUCUUAACUUUGAUACAAAUUACAUUUUACCUAUCGAUCAUAAGUCCAAGCUGAACUAUCUAUUUUGAGUGUACAUUGAAGCUCUUCCUCAAGUUUUUAAUCUAGAAGUUUAUUUGCUUUCUCUAGAUAUUGUCAACAAAAAUUAUUUAGAAUAAUCCUAACCUGCAUAAACAAGAAACUUAAACAAUGCUUCUUCAGAUUUUCUCUGGAUACAAGACUUCUUCCCUUCCUUUGACUUUUGUUCCUCCUUAGAAGUUAGGCUUUGAGGAAAAUGAGUACUUGUACAGAUCUAUAAGUGACUUAUGUCCUCUAUAGCUAAAUUUUUUUUGCAUUUUUAAACUACAUUUUGCAAUUGUUUUAAUUGCCAUGCUAAAACUCUUUAAUUUACCAAAUGAAGCCCUUAAGUACUGUGCUAAAUGUGCUAAUAGCGCACGUGCUUCCAAAUGCACUAAUCUGGUGAUGUGCCAGUACUAUUGUACAAACUCAUAUUGCAUUGUAGUAUCUUUUACCUGAAUCUGUCUUGUUGCUUGCAUAAAUAGUCUUUUAGUUUGCAGUGAUGUCUGCAUGUUUGUGUUUUUUCUGCACAUUACAAUGUAAUUCCUAUUGAAUGAUUUGCCAACUCAUUUUACCAAGUUCUUAAAGCAUUUUUUAUUUAAA